AUGUUCUUAAAGUUCUCUAUACUCUUCAUGAUCACCUGUCAUCACGAAGAAGAUCCACGAAGUUGCACCGGGUUAUCGUUACGGGCAUACGACGCAGCGGAGCUACUGCUCUGUAAUCUACACCUAGGGAAGGAAGAGGAGAAUAUUCGUUCAAUGAUUUUGGUUCUCAUAUCAAGAAGUGUGCUUACAAAGGAAAUCUCACUGUUGAAGUUGGAUCUCAAGAAUUACAAAUGGCAAGCCACCCAAGAUGGGAGAGAAAUGCAACGCUUGCGACAAUCACUCCAACAUCAGAGUCAGCAGAUUGAGGACCUUGGUUCCAAGCUCUCUGAUGCCAACCGGGAUGCCUGUGGUCUCAGGCAGUGGCUCGCAGAUGCCAAUAGGGAGAUCGAGGUCCUGAGGCAGCAACGUCGAGUUCGAUACAGAGAGAGGAUCCGGAAUUACUGGGAGCUGAAAAGGAAGGAGAAUAAUGGUUCUCCGAAGUCGGAUUCGAGCGGUGGGGCUCGGAGUACGGGUGCCGCCAAGCCGCCUGGAAAGCGGCUGGCCUGA